AUGCCAUUUGAACUUACCGCCAGGCCGUUCAAGAAAGCGGACCUUCCAACCACUCAAGCAGAAAUCGUGAAGGAAGCAAAAGAGCUUAUUGACCAAAUCUGCGUGAGCUGGAAGAAAGGCAAAUGUUAUCAUAACACGCUGGGCCUCAACCCUACGCUAGAUUCCGAUAAAGUGGCGGUGCAGACGUAUUAUACCAAUCGAGAAAAGGAAUACUGGUUGAGCCGCGUGAGUGAGCAUCACCUAGAUGCCGCAACCUACGAGCGGUUGGUCAAAGUCCUAAAUGGUAGUGUCAAAGAGGGCUCUCAUUGGGAGCUGCCAGAUAGGACCGCUCGCUCACGCAUCGAGAUAGACUAUAUCGAGACUUUGACACAUGUCGAGGUCUUGGAGACCACAGACUCAGGUUGGGUAGCAGUGAACCUCGAAUACGAACUCGGAAAGCCCUUGACGACGCGUGAGUUUAAUGAAUGGGUUUACGUCGUUCCACCUUUCAAAAGCUCCGAUAAUGAUAUCGAGACUAGCAUAGUCGUUUCGCUCGUGGCAGACGCUCCCUUGAAUGACCCUGUGGCGCAUACACAUGCUACCUACGCAAGUGUCGAAACACUUGAAUACAACCUGAAAACCGAGCAACUCACCUGGAAGAUGGCUCUCACAAGUGAUGCUGGUGGAAAUGUGCCCAAAUGGGUACAAAACAGCAUGAUAGCAAAGACCGUUGCCAAAGAUGUCAGCUACAUGUUGGAGUGGUUGGGAGAUCACAAGGAUAGCAAGUAG